AUGGGAGGCUUCAGCAGUACGCUCGCGCAGCAAGCGCGCAAGUCUAAUCUGAUCUCCGUCAUUGGCACUACUGGCGUCGGGAAAUCAAAGCUAAGUGUGUCUUUGGCGCUGAAGCUGAACGGCGAGAUUAUCAACGGCGACUCGAUGCAGAUGUACAAAGGUCUCGACACAAUGACAAACAAGCAUCCGCUCGAGGAGCGAUUCGGGGUCGAGCACCAUCUUCUAGGGCACAUCGAUGACCUGACUGCGCAGUAUACUGUGAAGCAGUUUGAAACCGAGGCCGAGGCCGUGGUAGACAAGAUCGAGAGGGAGAGAAGGAAACUGCCAAUUCUGGUGGGCGGAACGCAUUAUUAUAUCCAAAGUUUUCUGUUUACGAAUAAGACAGUCGCCCCCGAGCGAGAGCUGACCAGCCAAGAGGCAGAGUUUUUGGAAACCGCAGAGACAAAGGAGAUUUUUGAAAAACUAAAAGAGCUGGAUCCAGUCGUGUCGCAAAAGUUUCAUCCGCGAGAUCGUCGGAAAUUGGCGACGGCGCUAAAGGUGUGCUUUACGACCAGCCGCCGGGCAAGCGAUAUAUACAAAGAGCAGAGUGCGCCUACGACAGUCAAUCAGUCGCUUACGAGGUACAGGAAUCUUGUGUUUUGGCUGUGGUGUGAGCCUGAUACUCUUGACACCAGGUUAGACGCCCGCGUGGACACGAUGCUCGAACGGGGAAAUCUCCUUGGCGAAGUCAAGCAGAUGAGCGAUCUCUACCGGACGCUUGAUCCUCCGCCUAGUAUGGAGACCGGCGUUUGGCAGGUUAUUGGAUUUAAGGAGUUUCUUCCUUUCGUCUCGAGCCAGGCAGAGGACGACAAGGUGAAUGGUCUCGAGGACAUGAAGCGCGUGACGAGGAAGUAUGCAGACAAACAGGUUCGAUGGAUUCGAAAGAGAAUGCUUGCACCUGCCGCAGAGGCAGGGGAUGAUGCUACGAUUGUGGUGUUAGAUGCUACAGAUCUUUCGAAAUGGAAAGAGAACGUCGAGGACAAAGCCGUCGAAAUUUCGCGCGCGUUUCUCAACGGCGAAAGUAUCCCGCAGAGCGCACGGGCACCAGCCCAUCUCUCUCAUCUCUUACAGCUGGAAGACACCACGCAGCCCGGAAAAGGAAAGUGGGAGCCCGAGAAAUGGAAGCAUUACGAGUGCGAUUUGUGUGUCGUCGACGGCGAGAAAUUCGUCUGUCUGGGCGAGGAGCAGUGGAAAACUCACCUGAGGCAAAAGCGGCAUGUGAAGCGGGUGAAGAGGAUUAAAGAGCAAGAGGCGUUUGAGAGGUGGAAGGCUAAAAAGGCUGCUGAGGCUCAGACAACGGAAGAGUAUAAGCAGGAUCCAUGA